AUGCCACACAACUUGUUGAACAAGCCAGCACCGGCAGACGUCGUCCUCCAAAACCAAGAUGGCGAGAAUGUGAAUUUGGGUUCCUUUAUCGGAAGUCGACCCACAAUAGUAUUCUUUUAUCCCAAAGAUGAAACAUCUGGCUGUACCAAGGAGGUCUGUUCGUUCCGCGAUUCUUACAACGUAUUCAGCGAAGCUGGGGCAGUAGUAGUUGGCAUAUCAGGCGAUCCUAUCUCAAGUCAUAAGAGAUUUUCCGACACAUAUCGGCUAAAUUUUCCCCUUCUUUCUGAUGUCGACGGAGCUGCGAGAAAAGCGUUCCAAGUACCCAAGAGUUUAUUCGGAAUGAUCGCAGGACGUACCACUUAUCUCAUAGACAAGGAAGGAAUCAUACGUCAAGUGUUCAAUUCCCAGACUGAUAUCGAUGGCCAUGUGAAAAGAAGUUUGGCAUUUGUGACAGAACAAUUGGAAACCGAGUGA